CAUGUGCAUCGUGGACAUCGAUCCCCGUUUCCCCGGAGCGUGCCAUGACUCCUACGUGUGGAGGCACUCACCACUGUUAGGCCGCCUCACACGUAACCUGCGACGUGGAGAAUGGGUGCUUGGAGACUCAGGCUACCCUCUUGAGCCAUGGCUGCUGACACCUGUGCCAGGCCAUCCAGGCAUUGACACUCCGGAGGGGCGCUACAACCAGGCCCAUGCCUCCAUGAGGAACGUUGUGGAGAGGGGUAUCGGCGUCUUGAAGGCAAGGUUACGGUGCCUUGAAAGGUACCGGACACUCCUUUAUGAGCCCAAGGAUGCAGCCACAAUCGUGGCAGCCUGCGCCGCUCUCCACAACAUUGCUUUGAAGGCAGGGGAGCCGGAGCUGCAGGACAGUGAUGAGGAGGCCGAUGACAACCAGCCACCGCUGCAGCGGGGCUUGCCUGUGUCUCAAGGGCACCACACAUGCCGGCAAGAAACGCCCAGAAAGCUGCUAAUGAGGGCGAAGCAGAUGAGGAGCCAGGUUGUCAACCUGUUCUUUGCGACUCCUACAUGGCGUACCACUCACCUGCGUGCGCUGCAUCGUCGGCUGAGGCAGCAACAGCAGGCUCGCCGCGCGGCUCAACCGUAAAGCCAGCCACUGCCUCCUGCAUUAGCUGGCCCAAGAGCUGCGAAAGCUGGCCCACUGGCCGCAGUGCCUCCGCUACUUGGUCAGCCUGCCGCUCCACAGCAGCCACGACCCGCUCAGUAGCUGCAGCCAGCCGGUCUACGCCCUGGCGGAUACCACGAAGGAGCUAGAAAGAAAUCAUUACAUCAGCAUCCAUUCCCCCACAAUCGGUCAAGCACCUCUACAGCAAAGUGACCUGCAUAACGAAAGAGUAUUUAUGUUCGGUCGGUUCCUAGUGUGAGGCGUGCUGUGCACAAUGUUUACAAAGUGAGCUGUAAAACGGAUGAUUUUGGUGGUCCCAAGCACUUUAGGUAUAAAGGCGCUCAUCUGCAUGUAUGCUCAUUCAGAUUACCAUAUGUUCAUUAGUUAUGGGGACAAGGACAAACACUUUCUAUGUUGUUCUCUGUCUGCACCAUUGUAUCUGUUUUUUGUUGUUGCUUUUCAUGUAGUUGUGCAAAGAAAUAUCAAUACCAUAUGUACUUUUAUGCUGUUGAGCCGCCAGAAAGUUAACAGAUGGCAUAGCAAUAAGUUUGGGAUUGCAAAUGAGCAAGCGACCAUGACAUGUAUCACUGUAGCAAAGAAUGCUAGGCCCUAUGUUGCAUUUUGUUGCAAAAGCAUGUAUUGGACCCUGUAUAUAAAUUGUUAUUCAAGCAUUGCAAGCUGUCGCACUGCCAUUAUAUGUGAUGUUUCCCAGCCUUCCAGAACAAGUUAGCAACUUCAAACUUUGUGGAAAUAGCCACAGUCCUGAGUGUAUUGUGUGGCAAAGUUUUCCUCUUACUGCCUUAAUUACAACCAUUGCAACUCAUUAAUCAACAGUCUUCUCCUUUUUUAUGUUUUAAUAGUUUAUUGAGGUUUGUGUUCUCCAUCGUCCUCAAUGAACUAUGCAAGCUAUAGUGUUUCUAAGUGCGUCAAAAUAAAGGAAACUUUACGGAGGUGUACAGGCUAAAUUUGAACUGUGAGUUAGCUACCGCCUUUGCAAAUAAUUACGACGAUGAAGGGCCCAGAGCACUUUAGGUGUUUUACAUAUGCCACUCAAUUUACCCCGCUGCCUUGGGAAAAAUGUUUCAGACAUGAAUAUUUUUGUGUGAUGGGGGAGAACUAUCACAAUCAGCAUGCGCAAUCCGAUGUGUGAGGUGCAAUUACAGCAUAUGCGGAAAAAUUCAUUAGCUAAUACUUGAAAGUGGGCGGCCAAGGUUUGAAACGAGUAAGUCAUAUGAGGCAGUGUUUUACAACGAGUGAUUUAAUUACAGGCAACUUGCCAUGUUUAUGAAAAUGCUCAAAAGAAAGAGCUUUAGUGGAAAUAGGAAUGUAUGAAGCUGUUAUUGUGUGAUUGAUUGCAAGUGUCCCUGUUGUCUAGUCCACCCAGUUAUUGCAUGUUGCAGAAAUGCUAAUGGCAGUGAUUACUGUGUUUGAAGCUGUUACAUUGGGUUAAUGAUUGCAAGUGACCGUGUUUAUGACCAUUUACGUAAUGUAUGAUGAUGUUCUCGUCCGUCUCCCUUAGUUUUUUUUGUUUCAGUUCAGCUAU